GUGCAGUACGUGAUCGGAGACGACUUCAACGCGCUGUUGGAUAAGUGGCCUAAGUACAGCGCGGAGCGGGCGCAGGUGCAGAAAGUGACCAAGGCGGGGCUGGGGCGAUAUCAGAGGAAAGCAAUAUUGGGAACUGGGUUCUGGGAAGAGAUCGAUGGGGCGUUUCCGAUGGCCGUGUAUGCGGCGCAGAAUAGGGUGAACGAGAAGGCAAAG